AUGGCUGCAGCGCCAAUCGAUGUCCCGCGGAUAGAAAUCGCGGAGGGACCCUCAUUGGGUCCCGACACGAUCAUCAGCAGUACUACAGACUUCCGUACAAUUGUCAGUAGUGCCGCCAGCCUUAGCCUAACCAAUAGGAGACAAGCGGCUCGUCUCCUAUUGAAAGUACGGCCACCAUCUCCGGAGUCAGAUUCCUCGCAAAGUCCCGUGAGUCGAAGGCGCAGCGUCGGGUCUGACAACUCCGAUGAUUCCGAUGGUUCCGAUGCUGCCCAGAAAAGGUCUGGUUCUUCGAGUGAAGUUUCCUCUGAUGAAGCUGAGCCGUGUCGAAGCAAAUCGUCACAGUCGGUUAGCUCAUUACAAAAGCGAGCCUCGCCCUCAUGUUCGACUGCGGUUUCUACGGCAUCAAGUAUAGCUUCAUCGUCUGAAAGCUCUCCUCCCAGUGAGGAUGAAGAACAGGAUGUGUCAACUGCUACAGAAGAGCCAUACGUGGUUGCCGCUCCGUCGCCAAUUAAAGAGGUUGAGAAAGUUGAGGAAGAAGUUCCUUUGUGGCAAAAAAUUUUGUCUGACGAGUCGACGGAAUGGUCCGAGUUUCUACCACGACCGCUAUACCACACUCACCUCACUGAGCAUUGCUAUUUCAAGCUACCAGGGGAUGAGAAGAAGGCAGAAAAAGAAGCAAGUCAAGAGCAAAAGAAACGGCCGGCGGUGGUGAAGAAGGGCAGGCUCAAUAAGCACGACAGGGAACUCCUGGGACUAUUCUCAACAGCUGAAGUUCUGCCGAAGCCGAAACCCCAGAUUUCUUAUCCGCCUUGGUCCCUAGAAGACAAACUAAAGCAUAUCCACCAGUGGGAUUGUUGCUUCGAUCCGGAAGAUCAAGAGUACCUAAAGGAAGCGUUUUCGAUACUGCAACCAUCAACCGAAAAUGGUGCUCCUACGCCAUGGGCGAAACCCGUUCGUUUCAGCUUUACGUCAUGGUCGGAUAAGCCACGGCUUUUGGAUAAACCGGUCAAGAAAGGACGUUUGGAUCAAUACUUUGCUGAUACGGAGCUUGAUGGCAUUCUACCGAUUGAGGGUGGAUGUGCACGUACACGAGGCUACUUCAAGAUGUCAAUGAAGGAAAAACGAAGUUUGAUUAGAAGACCAGAGGAUGAGCAACGUGACAAGACGCUUUUGAAUGACCGAGACGAAGCUGCUGUGCGUCACAACCUCGUACUCACCAAAGAGUCGCGUUCGAUGCAUCGUCGAUUGCUGACAACAAUGGGAGAUACGAAUACGGAUUUCUUCAAGGUCAACCAGUUGAAGUAUCGCAAGAAAAUGAUCAAAUUUGCUCGGUCACGAAUUCAUGGCUGGGGAUUGUACGCAAUGGAGGCAAUUGCACCUGAUGAUAUGAUUGUCGAAUACGUGGGCCAGAAGGUGCGAAAUACGGUGGCAGAUGUUCGAGAAAAAGCAUAUGAGCGACGAGGAAUUGGUAGCAGUUAUCUCUUUCGCAUUGAUGAUACCACUGUGAUCGAUGCCACUCGUAUGGGGAAACUUUGCUCGUUUUAUAAAUCACUCCUGUCAACCCAACUGCUACGCAAAGAUAAACAGAAUGUUUAUACAUAUUGGCGGGCAGCGUUGUUCAAUCGUCGGGAUUGCGCCGCGAAUGCCACUUUACUUAGUUACCAUAUCAUGAAAGCGUUUGCUUGCGUGGUUACGGUCGACGGUGACAAGCGUAUUGUCAUAUACAGCAAGACACUCAUCAACAAAGGCGAUGAGAUCACGUACGAUUACAAAUUCCCAAUCGAAGAAGACAAAGUCGACUGUUUGUGUGGUGCUCCGAACUGUCGUGGAACUCUCAAUUAA